UUAGCACUCCAGAAGACAAGAAGCAACAAGAAGGUUCUCCAAAACUCUUUCAGCAGAUUCAACAUAAAAAUCCAACUGUCCUUCUCAGGACAAUCUGCACAAAUCGUGACCAUGUCAAACGAUAAUUUUUCAGAUUUGGAAGAUUCCAGCAAUUCCGGGGACGUGGCACGAUUCGAUGACGAGGACGAAGAAGUUUUACAGAUCUUGAAAAACCGAAAACGCAAAGCACGCGUCAUUGACUCGGACUCGGAGGAAUCUGAAGAUGAGGACGAGGAAGAAGACGAAACGCUGGACCGGUCCACAUCGGAUUCGGGUUCAUCGUCAAGCGAGGAGAACCAGGACUUCACUCAACGUAAAUAUGGAAAGUUGUCCAACAAUUACCGACAACAAGUAAGUCGCGAGGAGUUGAUUGACUGGUUGAAGGAAGUGGAGAAGGAUCCAUCAGCAGGUCGAGAAAUCCUGGAUGUAAGGCGAAAGGAGCUUGAAACGGCUGCACAUUUGAGACAAGAAGAUCGAGAUCAAAUGGAUCUUCAGUUUGACGUUCGUAUUCCUGGUUCGUCAGUUAAAGGAUUUUAUGUCGUAAACGCAAGUGGUAAACGGAAUCGGCUAUCGUCGUAUUAUGCAGCUGUGAUGAGAUCAGGCGUUUCACAAGCUAAGACACACGCGUGCAGCCUACAGAGACCCGGAACAUCCUCUACACCAACGGGUAUUGGGUAGUAGGCAUACAUCCAACGAAAAAAGACCACCAUUGGACAUAAUUUACGCUGCAUCCUUGGUUCGACAAGACAAGAUGGGCAUUGAUGUAUUUGAAACUCUGAAAUCACUGGAACCGGUUCCAAAUGGAGCUGGGAUGGAAGAUUAUAUUGGAUCAUACUGCGGUCCCGGUCGUUCGUCAGUUAGACCCUCCCACUUUAUCCCUGCAGAAACUGCAAGUCACUCACACAUUUUCAAAAGAACUGUUGGAAGUGAAGACCCCGACUUCUGCGCCGAAAAGAAGAUUGUUCUGUGCGACUCGACCUAUACGAAAGAGAUUGGAGAAGGAUUUCUACUGGCCUAUGCCCAGAAAUAUAAUAGGAUGCAUGAUACUCAUCGUUACAUCAUCACGGAGACUGCGACUCCAUCAGCUGAACUCAUCCAAAAAGCCCAACAAUACGUCAUCGAUGAAGUCCCAAUGUUCCGCUAUAUUAAAGACGGAGACCGGUCUCAUCCACCUCGUUGGGCUACUCUUGAUCAAGUCACCACCCUCCCCUAUACCGUAUCCCCAAAGAACGUGAUUCUCCGCUUCGAUCCUGAGCAUCCUGAUGAAAAAAGAUACUACAAAACUUUCAAGAAUCUUGGACGACUGGUAGAAGAAUUUGGAGAUCCUCCUCCAAGUUAUUUCGUCACCAUGGACAAUUCAAGAGAAAGAUUCCGACUGGAGUUCGAACAACUUAUUAGACAAGCCGGCAAUCAGUAUUAGUUUACGAUUAUAAUUUGCUGGACCGGUCCAGCGUUAUAUCUCGUUUCCCAAUUACAAAAUGACAUUGAUUUCUUUUACUUAUGUACUUAGUUAAGUUCCCUUUUGCUAAAAAAAAUUGUCUUAUUUAUGAACUAAUGUCUACUAUGCCUUGUUCGAUUUUUCCAUAAUAAACAAAAUUUAAGCAAUUGACAGUUAACAUUAACUCUAGCGUCUCCUGCCCAAGUUAAUUAAUUUUAUAAAGGCUCAGAUGGUCGUCUCACCCAACUCACAACCACUGCUUGUUGCUUCAUUGCUCAAAAUUUCAAAACCAAACAAAACCAAAGUUUAUCUCUUGUCAACCAAACGCUUUCUACUCCACUCCCAUUACUCCCGAUUUAAUGAUGCAGUUUUGGAAGGCCUUUUAAACUUGUGAUAAUGAAAAUAGAGCGACAAUUUUGACAAUGUUUAGUAAGAAUUCGAAAUUCCAAAGUAUUACAUUUAUUUAUAGUCCAGCCAAUUUUGAAUUGUUACCUAUAACUUAUUGUACUGAUGUUUAUCAAAGUAAUAAAUUAAAGUUGACUAAAA